CAAAAACCAGGCACCAAAUCGCAAACCACCCGUCCGCGCAAGUCACUCAGAACCUCAACCUCACCUGCAGCACUAACCGCAACAUACCACACGCCCACCACAACGCACCAUCUCCCCUCCACCAACAAAAAUGGCCGGGUACGUCCCCUCUCCUCCUUUCCCUCUCCUGUCCUCCAUACCUCCCAUUUCCCACCCAAUUACGUCUCCCUCCCAUCACUUCCCAUCUCAAAACCGCACGAGAAAGGCAGGCAGGCAAGAAGUCGAAAGAAAAGGGAAGGAAAGGCAGGAAGGAAGAAUACAAAAAGCUAACGCAAAACCAAAACACAGCUACCUCAACCGCGAAAACCGCGUACCCUACUACCAGCGUCUCUUCCAGGAGGGUCAUAAACAGCAUAUUCGACAAUGGAACCAGGUACGCUUCCCUUCCUCUUUCCAAUCCCUUUCCCUAUCUAGCUUUCGCAAUCAUAAACUCCAAUUAUAUGUGCAUGAUGCAUCAUAUAAUUGAAUCCAGAGGUCGGGGAGGCGCAAAGAAGGGAGGAGAAGGGAGGAGGAUAUUUAGAAGGAGAUGAGGGUAGAAUGGUAUAAGGGUAUAAAGAAGAAUACUGACCGGGGAAAACAAUAGACACGCAUGGGUAGAAAUAUGCUACGGGUUUACUACACUACAUUCAUCAUCACUGGUGCUGGUACGUUUUUACUUCAACACAAACCACCUCCACCCCUCCACCUCCACCUCCACCCCUUCACCACAACCUCAAUCUCAAUCUCCACCAACUCCCAAUCCCAAUGUUCUCCUGGUCCAAUGCUAACCGUGCGGUAACUCAUAGGAUCAAUGUGGAUGAUGGGCCGCAUGGUAUUAGGAAAGAAGACAUGGUGGGGUUAGAUACGUACCUACAACACAAUCCAAUCCAAUACGACACUUCUCAGG